UAAUGGUCACAGUUAACAGUAACUAUAGUUGAACGAUACAAACAGCGUUCCUAACAACCAUUGUUUGAAUUUUAUUUUGGCUCAUUUUGUACCAUGGAAGCGAUGGAUCUCGACGCGAUGGCCGAAAGCCUACAGGCAAUUAUCGAGGGUGUACCGUCGGCAGCUCAACCCAACCCAACUCAGCCCAACUCAAGUCAACCGAACCCAAGCCCACCCAACCCAAGCCAACCAAAUCCUCCCAACCCAACCCAAUCCACCGAAGCCUCCCAACCCACCGAAUCUUCCUCCCAACGCAAUAAAGAAAAUAAUAAAAAUGCAAAUAAUAGAGGAAGGAACUGGAGAGCGAGGAGUGGCAGGGUCCAUAGGCGUAGGGAGCGCGUCAAUCUCCACCAACAGAAAACGCUAUUGUCGGCCGUGACCGACGCGGUGGCCAGUGCGAUUUUAAGGCACACCAGUAAGGGAGGCUACAGGGGUCAUUUCCGUGGCAGGGGAAAAAAUUAAUUUUUUUUAUUUUUAUUUUUUUUGAAUUAUAUUAUUUUUAUAAAUAUAUUAUAAACGUUUGAUAUAA